AUGGAGGGAGAGAAAAGUUACCCCAAAGGUACGGAGGAACAAAACAAACAGCUAUCUUUGAAUAAGGGCGAAAAGAAAAGUUCAAAUAAAAGAGUUUCAUCGAAUACAUCCUCCUCCUCUGCGUCAUCUAACGAGUCAUCGUCAUCAGAAAUGGAGUUCCAAUCUUCUAACAUGGAUAUAUGUCAACUUUAUCCAAUUUCCAGUAGCUCUUCUGGUUAUUCCGACAGACAGAGUUCUUCGUCGGACACUGGAAAGUCCCGAGACGACAUUACUGAUGAAAAAGACAACUGUAUUCCACUAAUCAAUGGACCCAUUACGAUGUCGAUGACCGAAGCAAAACUAUGGUACAAGUUUUUGAAAGUGGGGACGGAAAUGAUUAUCAACAGAACUGGAAGGAGGAUGUUUCCAUACGUCGAAUUUUCUUUGAGAGGUGUAGAUCCUGUUGGAUUAUAUGAUGUCAUUUUUGACAUCAUACCCGCUAGCAACAAAAGCUUCAAGUUCCUUAGCAACAAAUGGAUUCCGAUUGGGAAGAAGGAAGAAGAAUUUAAGAAUUAUCCAUUCAAACACCCAGACUCUCCUCGAAUUGGAUCGGAGUGGAUGACUCGAAAGAUUUCCUUUGAAAAAGUAAAAUUGUCGAACAAACCAGGCACAAAGGCUGGAAUCUUUACGCUACACACAUUUCAAAAAUACCUGGUGCGUAUUUCCAUCGUCAGACAUGAAAGAGAUGAUGAGGUCUCUGUUGUCGAGUUUCCUAUUCGGGCCACAACUUUCAUAGCAGUCACCGCCUACAACAAUAGAGAAGUGACCAAGCUUAAGAUUAAUAGUAACCCCUAUUCGAAGGGAUUUCGUUUUCCUGUGAAAAGACUGAAAAAUCACGCCUUUGAACAUUUGGAUGCUAAAGAACUAAGAAUGGUGACACUUGAGGAUUCAAUGAAAAGCUCAGUGUAUAAUCACCUAGGAAAGGAGAUUCCGGCUUUUCCACAAUUUCCAUUAGAUUUAUCCAUCAACAAAGACAAUCACAAAGCAAGUGAGUCAAAAACUUAA